UUGCUGUUUAGUAUGUGCGUUCGCAUUGACCUACAAAAACAAAGUGAAAAGAAAUUCUUUAAUUGAUUUUGAAUUUGGUGUCGAUAAGGAAGGGAAUUAUCAGAUUUCCUCGAAUCUAACGAUUGUAUUCGGUAAAACUCUAUUUGAUUACCACAAUGUCGAACCAAAAGUUUGUUUGUCCAUAUAAUCCAACACAUGUAAUGAAAGUCACCCGAGCCCAUCAUCAUGUUGUCAACUGUCGCAGAGCACAUGUUCAUAAAGAAUUUGUUAUUUGCUCAUACAAUGCCCUCCAUCAUUUUGCUCCUGAAGAUGAAGCUAAACACCUAGAGACAUGUCCUGAUAGGAUUGCUUUGAUUGAUGCCAUACAUGUCACAUAUGGGAUGAAAUCUGUAAUCACAGGUAACUUAACCAUGCCUCCUCCUGCUCAAAGGCACUUUGAAGAUCAUGAAAACUGGGACAGUGAUUAGUGGAGCUGUCUAAGACCGAUAUCUUUCAUGGUUCAAAUAAGGUUUCCACAUCAGUGUGGAUGCAAAUUAUGAAUUUUGACAUUAAAUGUGCACCUUCAGAAUACAGAACAUUCAUGAUUCUUACAAAAGAUUUUGUCUAGUGUCUGAUAUUGAGUACAAGUUGGUGAAAAUACAUUUACUGUUCUAUA